GCGGCGGCGGUGGAGGCGGGGGUGGAAAACCGCUACAUAGCGAGAGCUAUUGGUUUCUGUGUUACGUGUUCCCGCGUGCUUCGCAAAAGCUUUCACUACUGUGCUCGCGCUCGUGUGCAUGUGCACGUACGUAGACCGCACGCGUACACACACACACACACACACACACACACACACACCACACACGUACGUGCACGCACACGGACGCGCACGGGGCGGUUCGACGCGAGCGAGCGAACGAAACAGCUUCUCCCGCGAGGAGCGAAAUAGCUUUUAUGCCUUCCCUCUUUGCGAUUUCUUCUUUUUUUCAUUUUCUUUUUUUUUUUGUUUCUUCAUUCCGCUUCUCCCGCAAACGCCGCUUUUUUUCUUCAUUUGCGCAUCUAGAAACGUUGUAUUUAAUUUCGUCGAGUAAACGACGCGAUUCCGCGCCGCUUUCGCGCCGAGCUACGAAAGAAUUGCCGCGGUACGAGUCGGCGGGUUAGGGCUGCGAGAGCGAAAGAGAGAGAGAAAGAGAGAGAAGAGAGAGAGAGAGAGAGAGAGGCUGACAAGACGGAUGGGAGGAGAAGAAGCGGCGCGAGUGCGAGCAAACGUCGAUCGAUAUUUCGCGCAGAGCUGCCGGCUGCGAUUUUUGACGAUGCCGGCGAAAGUACCGCGAAACGCGCGCAUAAAUUACUCGCGGAUAUUUCGAGCUGCGGCUUUUUUUUGCAAGAGUGCACUCGACUGAGUUGAAUGGAAAUUUUUUUAAGGUCGAAUGUCGACGCUCUCGCGAGAUUGACACUGACGCGUGCGACUUCAUUGAAUAUUAUUUAUUCUGCAUUGCGUUGUCGUUACGCGUGCAUAUGCUCAGGAAAUUGCAAUCUCACGGACUUUCGACCGAAAGUUACGGACGACGAAACGGUUUGCGUUUCCGCGACGGCGGCGGCGGCGGUGCGUCCUCCGUCGAUCAAGUCGGCCGACUCGCGACGAAACAGCUUGUCCCGCGAGGAGCGAAGUAGUUUUAUACCUUCCCUCUUUGCGAUUUCGUUCUUUUCUCCUCCCUUUUCUCCCGCAAACGCCGCUUUUUUCCUCAUUCGCGCAUCUACAAACGUUUCUCACGUUGUAUCUAAUAGAAAUCACGUUGUACUUAAUCUCGUCGAGUAAACGACGCGAUUCCGCGCGAGACUUCAUUGAAUAUUAUUUAUACUACAUUGCGUGUCGUCGCAUUACGCGUGCACACGCUCGGAAAGUCGCAAUCUCUCACGGGCUUUCGGCCGAAAGUUACGGACGACGAAAAACAGUUUGCGUUUCUGCGACGGCGGCGCGGGCGGGCGGUACGUCGAUCAAGUCGGCCGACUCGAGACGACGCGAUACCAGUUCAAAGCCAUCGUCAGACUUCUAAGCAACGUGAAUGAAACAGUUAGGCGCGCAACAUCGUACAAAUCAACCGCCUUCUAACAAGCCACAUUAACCUCAAGUGAUUUCUAUUUUCUUACGAAAGAAGUAAUUAGUAUGUUUAUAUCGACGUGAAGGAAGAACAAAACGAAAAAAAAAAAGAAGAAGAUAUCCCAAGAGCUUAGGUUCAGAAGAAGACAAAAGAUUAAGAGCUAUAUUAUCUAAUAAGUGUACAAAGUAUAUCUCUAACGAAGGGAGAAAUACGAGAACAGAUUAAAACAAACAAGUCCACCAGUGCCAAAUCCAGUGGAGAGCGAGGUAGAAGUGAUCGUCGCGAAACGGAGAGUUAGAGAGGAAGAUUGACAGAGAGAGAGAGAGAGAGAGAGAGCGAGAGAGAGAGAGAGAGGAGAGAGAGGAGGGAGAGAGCGAGAGAGAGAGAGAGAGAGAGAGAGAGAGAGAGUGAGAACGACAGAAUAAAUGGAGCACGAGAGCAAGACCGUAAACCAAAGAAUCUACCAUUUUUUCUAUUAACCAUUCAUCAAGUAACAAUUAAUCUCUCGUCAACUCGAGAUAAAUAGUAAGACACACACCGAUUCCUUCGUCAGAGCCGAUUCUUAAUUAAGCGAAACCGGCACAGUUUUUGUAAGCUAUAAAGAGGUUUAUAGAGAUAACUGUAAAAAGUAAGUGCAUCUUUCAAACUGGACGCGUCACGUGACAGAUUUUCGCCAAGCUAGAGAGGAAGAAGAAUCAGACAAAGGGAGGAGAGUCAACCGGAUUUCGCUUGAACACUCCCGGAGCAACCGAUCUACUUCAGUUCGUAGCCUAAACCUGUUGAGUACAAAACGACACAGAGUUAGAGAUAUAGAUAGACAGACAGACACACAGGGCGAGAGCGAGAGCGAGAAGGACAGGGAGAGCGAGAAAUCGAGUGCGAGAGAAAAAACGAGAGAGAGAGAGAGAGAGAGAGAGAGAGAGAGACAGAGAGAGACAGAGGGGGAGAGGGAACGAGCGAAUAUAAAAUCGAGGAAGCAACCUUGGACGAGCGCGUCGAAUACGAGCUUGAAAGAUCACGUGCUCAACGGAACAACAGCAGACACAGGAGCCGCGCCAUCAGGAGUAUCCCCAAGUCGGAACGUCGGAUUCUUCCAUCCGGACGGAGUUUCACGGUGACGCAUCUCCAGAACGUAUCGAGAAACAUGUCAACAGGACGACGCAACGAAAGAGCCGGACUCUCGAAAUCCAGCUCGACGUACUAACGACAACUGAAGAGGAUCACUGCGCGGCCAGGCGCGCGCAGUGACUGACACCGAUAGAGGAGAGAGAGAGAGCGAGAGAGAGAGCGAGAGAGAGAGAGAGAGAGAGAGAGAGAGAGAGAGAGAGAGAGAGAGAAGAAGAAGAGGAACAAAGGGCAGAGGAACGCUCAAAUGCCCCGCGCGGACAUCCUGUCGAGGACUCGCGCGGCGGAAGUGCGAUAAUCCACGGCGUCGGUCGGUCGGUCGAUCGGUCGGUCGAUCAGUCGAUCGAUCGAACGGACGAUCGGACAGACGGACAGAGUUCGCUCCGACGUGAAACUCGGGGAAGGUGACGAGGAGAGAGCGGGGAAUCUCGGCGGAGAGAGUAAACACGAGAGCCUCGGGAGGAGGAUCCAAGAAGAAGAAGAAUCCAAGACGACGACGACUCGGCGUGGCUCACGGGAAGCUCUCGGGCGGGGGUUAAGAUCGCGAUGACGUGGCGGGGAGGAUGAGCGCCGAGGUGACGAAGGAGGUCGUCGCCACCGAGAGGGUGUCCACGAGCCCUCCGGCGGCGGUCGCGACCUCACCGGGUGCGGUGCCGCCCGGUCUGCCGCCGUUCAGCAGCUUCGCCGGCGACAACGCGAUGGACAGCUCGACGACGCUCACGACGCUCCACCCGCAGGAUGUCGGCCUGGGCAUGUCCUGGGGCGACUAUUACACGGAGGGCCUGUCGAGUCGACUGGUCGACUCGCGGGAAAUCGGCAACCAGCAGUACCGGCCGUGGGAGUCCAAGGCGGGCGGGCCGGAAGGCCUGCCGAGCUUCACCAGUCAAUUUACCGCGCCGAGCGAGGCCGAGCCGCAGCUGACGGCCUUGACGCCGCUGUCGCCGGUGUCCAUGUCGCACUCGCCGCCGGUCACGACCCUGCCUAGCUUCCACACGUUGGGCACGCCGCUACCGGUGCCGCACACGCAUCGCGGAUCGAUCGGUUAUCCGCUGGUACCGGCGCCGGUGCAGGCGCGGGAGGUGCCGGCGCUUCAGCAGCAGCUACUCGACGAGCGUCACAUCCAGCUGCUGGGCUCCAGCCCGGUGCAAGCGUUCCCGCCGCCGCCGCCGGGUCACCCUCACCACACGGUGCUGACGGUGGUGAAGUCCGACUACCCGCAGCUGCACCAUGCGAAUUUCCAGAAUCCGAUGUCGACCGUGCUGGACUCGUCGCCGACCACGAGACCGAUCGGCAUCGACGGCCGCAAGAAGGAGCGCAGAAAAAUCCGCGCGGGCUCCAUGGAGUCCGAGGACGGCGGCGGCGGCGGCGGCGGGGGAGGUGGAGGCGGAGGGGGCGGCGCCGGCGGAGGCGCCGGUGCCGGCAGCGUCGAGAGUUCCGGCCAGGUGGCCGCGGUGUCCUCCACCGCGAACCGCGGCGUCCACCACCUGGGCGGCGGCAUGACCGACGGCGACGGCGACGGCGGCCUCGGGGACAAGCCGGCGAAGAAGAAGCGGAAGAGAUGCGGAGAGUGCAUCGGCUGCCAGCGCAAGGAGAACUGCGGCGACUGCGCGCCGUGCCGGAACGACAAGAGUCAUCAGAUCUGUAAGAUGAGGCGGUGCGAGAAGCUCACCGAGAAGAAGCACCUGUACCACCUGCAGACCGGCGAGGGGGCGUUCCGGGAGCGCGGCCGAGGACGAGGCAAGGGUGCCACGAGGAGUUACCGGAAGAUCGCACGGCAAGUCAGCACGCCCGACAGCGCGCCAGCUGGUCUUGGCAGCCCACAGGCUGGCAUCGGCGGCCUGCAGCAACAACACCAGCAACAAACGCAACAAUCUCUGCACCAGCCCGAUCCCAUGCAGCAGACUAAGGACAAUCUCAACUCGGCGGCGAACCAACAGACGGGCGCCUUGAGAAACGGAAACCCACCACCACCUGUCGUCUCUAUGUCAACCGGCGUGAUGCCGUUCUACGGAGACACCGGUGCUGGUUUCCGGCCGGCGGCUGGUUUCGGCAAUACAGUCUGGCACCAGGGAGUCGGAUCGGUCGGCGCGGUCGCGGUCGAAACGUCACCGGCUCCUUGGCCGCCGCAGCAAUUCAUUCAGCAGAUUCCCGGGCCGAAUCAGCUCGAAGAGCUGAGGUAUCACACCCAGUACGGCGCUGCGACACCGUAUCAUCCUCAGCCAGUCUCGUAUCAGCAGCAGACCUUCAUAACGGCGGACCAGUCCGCGUUCCAGCGAGCCGGUACGACGGGACAGUACACCAUCACGGGACAACCCUCGCCGCUGGCACCUGUCGGCGGGCAGACGGUGGUCUCGACGCCUCAGCGGCAAAUGAACGGACAAUUCGUGGACCCCGCGGCCACCGCUAAUCAACCAGUUGCUUACGAGAGGCAGGACUAUGUGAACGGCUACCAACAGCAAGAUGUGACAGGCAUGGCGCCGCCUCCGUCAACAACGCCGACGAGCCGCAGCAGCUCGGUGCAUAUGGACAGCCAGCAGCAGCAGCAACCAGGCGGCCCGCAACAGCCACCGCAACAGCAGCAACAGCAGCAGCAGCAGCAGCAGCAGCAACAAGCCGCUGCGGAUACGCAAGUGAAGGGCUUCGCCGCAAUUACGGCCGCGAAUGUGUCGGGAAACGAGAUGCCUGGGUAUCCACUUCAACAGGACCCACAGAGUUUACACAACUCUAACGGAUAUCCAGGCUACGUGGAAAUGGGUCAGCAACCAACGCAAAGCCAAUGGCAAAUGGUGUCGCAACAACAACAGCAGCAGCAUCAUCAGCAAGCGCAAAUGCAACGGCAGCAAGUCGACAAUAAUCAACGGCACAUGUGGCCGGACGCGAGCGGGAAGAUGAGCAGUAGCGUCAAUAGCAACAUGAACUGGCAGGAGGGUGCGAUGCAACAGCAGCAGAAACCUCCGCAACAACAGCAGCAACAGCAAAGUAUGCAAAGCAUGAAGCAGCAAGUGGAGCAGCAACAAGCUGCUCAGCUGCAACAGCAGCAGGAACUACCGAGACCGGCGAGUCACAUGAGCUGGGAGACCGGGAGCGUGAAGGAACCCCAUACGCCGCAGUCGUGGUCUGAGAACGCCGACAGUCAGCAGCAGCAAACUCAGGGAAACUGGUCGCGACAAAGCCCGAAGCUGAGAGACCCGCAGAACUCGCGCUUGACGCCGUCCGGCCAGCAACAGCCGCCUCAACAUCAGAACUGGUUGCAGCACUCGCCGAAAGUGUCGGAUCAGCAUCAGCAUAACAGUGGCGCCCAACAGAAUCCGAGAAUGACGCCUUCUGCUCAACGUUCUGCCUGGCAGCAGAACAGUCCGGAGGUACCGGGAUCUCAGCAGAAUCCCAGGCUGACGCCCUCCGGUCAGCAAAUGCAGCAACAGCAACAGCAAACACAGCAGCAGCAGCAACAGCAGUGGCCGCAGCAGACCAAGGUGGAGCAGAACCCCAGACUCACACCGUCCAAUCAAAUGUCUUGGCCCGACACGCCGACUAGUCAACCGAAUUGGUCACCGAAUAGCAUAAAGAGUGAUAAUAGUCAGCAGCCGCAGCAACAGUGGCAGGACUCGCAACCUAGUCCUAGACGGACUCCGGGCCACCAGUGGCAGGGUCAACUGACGCAAGACAACAAGCUGGACAAUCGAAUGUCCUGGUCGCCGAAUUCAGUGUCGGAGGGUCAAUCGGCCUGGGGCCAGCAGGCGACGAAACAGGACAUGCAAAACUCAGGGGAAAGAAUCGCGUGGCAGCAGCAGUCUGCGGUGGAGGUUAACAAGCCGAACGGUUUCCCGGAGAGUCAAGACAACGUUCCGGAGAAUAACAUGUAUGCUCAAGCGAACCGAGUGAAUCUCAACAGUCGACUGAAGUCGAUGAUUCUGAACAAACAACAGCAGCAGCAGCAGCAGCAGCAGCAGCAACAACAACAGCAACAACAGCAGCAGCAGCAGCAGCAGCAGCAGCAGCAGCAGCAGCAGCAGCAGCAGAUGCAGCAACAACAGCAGCAGCAGCAAACCCACCAAGAUCAACAUCGUAACAUGCAUCAUCAGAUGCAGGCGCAACACGUCAGCAGUAAUAACGGCGGCAACGCCGUGGAAUAUCCCACGGACGACCGGAUACGCGACGCGCACGAAAACAACGAGAAGAUGCAGGAGAAGCGCGCGGAUCACUUCAUCAAUCAGUCGAACAUCAUGUCGAUGGCGCAAUCCAACGAAAACAUGACCGGUAAUUUUUUAUCGCAUAGCCACCACCCUCGGGUAGAUAAUUUGCCCGACGGUGGUGGCUUAUGGGGAUGGACGGCAGGAGAGCACAAUCACAGUAACAAGAACGCUGACAACAGUGUGUUACCGGAGAACGGCAUGGCAGCCUUCGAGAAUUUCAUGAAGCUCGCCGCGGAGAGCAAGAGCGAUGUCGAGCGAUGCUGCGACAAGGACAAAGAUCAGUUGUCCUGGCAGACGCAGGAGGAGAAGAGCCACGACGAUCACAACAUCGACGACAAGUCCUUCCAACAACGACUGUGCAUGGAUCAGAUUGAGGAAGUGUCCUUCGAGGAGUCCCAAAAAACGCCCGAGAGCGACGAGCUGAAGAGCGACAGUCUGGACUUCCUGAAGACCACGGACACGGCUGUGGGCGCGUCUUCGCAGGACAUCGACAAGUGUAGCGACUCCGAUCGCGUGAUUAAGCGAGAAGGCAUCACCUCAGACUAUAACAGCGACGCGUCCACCCAUGACGCCGCCAGUAACAUCAUCGCCGAGAACGAAGAAGAGAGUCAGAAGAUCGUGCCGGAUUACAAGUUCCGUGGCGACGGCGGUCCCGCGAAGGUAUCGCCGGCAACCGGAUCGUGGUGCUGCCGAAGAGGCGGCACCGAGCAGCCGACUCCCGAACACCUGAGAGACGGUUGUUGUCAGGGCCUUCAGACCAAGGACGAGAUGCUGGCCGAUUCCCCGCAGAGAGACGAGCUAAAGAGCGAGGGGGGUCCGCACAGUCCACGCACCCCGUCCACAGCGACGACCACGACGACAAAGUUGCAAGACCACUUGGACAAACUGAAGAACAAUGUGAGGACCGAAGUGCCGAACUGCAACUGCUUCCCCGCCGACAAAUGUCCACCUGAGCCCGGCUCAUACUACACUCAUCUCGGGGCGGCCGCGAGCCUGCCCGACCUAAGGAACGAUCUCGAACGAAGAACCGGUCUUAAGGGCGACGCGAUAAGAUUUGAAAAGGUCAUCUAUACCGGCAAAGAAGGCAAGACCACGCAAGGGUGUCCGAUGGCCAAGUGGAUCAUCCGACGAUCCGGCAUCGACGAGAAGAUCCUGACUAUCGUGAAGCACCGUCAGGGUCACAAGUGUCCAACUGCCUGGAUCGUCGUGGCUAUGGUCGCCUGGGAAGGGGUACCGACACACGAGGCCGAUCGGAUCUACUCUCUUUUGUGUCACAAGCUCAAUCGAUUCGGUCUUCCCACGACCAGGCGAUGCGGCACCAACGAACCGCGGACCUGCGCGUGCCAAGGUCUCGAUCCGGACACCUGCGGCGCUAGCUUCUCCUUCGGUUGCUCCUGGUCGAUGUAUUACAACGGGUGCAAGUACGCCAGGAGUAAAACCGUGCGAAAGUUUCGACUGUCAGUACGAUCGGAGGAGCAAGAAGUCGAGGAGCGAAUGCACGUUUUAGCAACGCUCUUGUCACCUCUGUACCUCAGCCUCGCGCCGGAAGCUUUCAAUAAUCAGACUCAAUUCGAGCGCGAGGCGAGCGAAUGUCGUUUGGGUUUUAAGCCGGGCCGGCCGUUUUCCGGUGUCACUGCUUGCAUUGAUUUCUGCGCUCACUCUCAUCGGGAUCUACACAACAUGAACAACGGAUGUACCGUGGUAGUCAGUUUGACGAAACAUCGAACACUAUCGAAACCUGAAGACGAACAGCUACACGUGCUACCUCUUUACAUAAUGGACGACACAGACGAAUUUGGUUCGAAAGAAGGGCAAGAGAAGAAGAUUCGCUCCGGUGCCGUCGAAAACCUGUCCAAAUAUCCAUGCGAAGUUCGAGUUCGAUCAGUUCCGCUUCAACCCUGUAGACGUCAUGGCAAGAAAAGAAAAGAGGACGAGCCUGAUACCGUGAGCGGCAAAAAGGAUGCGAUGAAGAUCAUGUCCGACAAGAUGUCGGAUGCCGGACGCUCGCCAGGACACGUGGAUUCUUCAAGACCGCAGUUGAGGGACUCUCAAUUGUCAGUGGAGAUGACACCCAUGUUCGAAGGCAUCGACGCUCAGCUGCAAAGUUCUCAGGUAUCAUCUACGGUCUUAGAUAGUCCGGUAUCCAUGUAUCAAGGAUGGGGAUACCAAGGUGAGCAACAGUGGAGUCGAAACGGUUGGCUCGAACAGCGAAAGAACAACUGGCUGAACCCAUGGGGAGAGUAUUCGCCUUUCGGUGGCUUGGAAAGAGACGUCAAAGUGGAUCCCGACAGCACCAGCUUGGACGACAUCAGACCCCGAAGCACCGUCUCACAGGAAGAGUACAGACCGGGCUCGCGAAACUUACCCAACUCCACGGUAGACUCGGUCAGAGGGUGCUACGGAAAUUCACCAAGAGCCCAUCCGAUCUCACCUCGUUCGCACUCGACUAUAUCGGGGGAAGCGCCGUCCUACGGCGGCGUCCCAUCCAGAGGCUGCCUGUCGACGUUCCAAGAUUCAAAGACAAUCUCAUCCAAGGGACCGGAACAUCCAAACUCGGCGGAAAUCGGCUACAAUCCCCAUAUGACGCCUGGAGCUUAUUCCAUUCACGAUAGCCGGCAAAACAACUGCUCGCCGAGAUUCGUCAACUCGUCGUCGCUGGGCAUGGAGGCGACACAUCGAAAUACUCCAUCCAGGAUGAACCCAUCACCGGUCGCCACUCAUCAUGUUCGCAACGUCGGACAGGAUUACGUGGCGAAUCAGUUGAGGUUGUCGUCGCCGAGAUAUACGGGAGAUUCUAGUCAGCAGAGGUAUUCUGACAGCAUGGCGCAGAAUUACAUGGACGCGGAGAAUUCGACGAAAUUAGCACUACUGAGACCACAGAUCGAGCAAACGUUCACCAACAGAACACCGCAGCACCCCUAUCCACCGCAACAAAUGCAGUCACCCAUCAAUCCCGUCUACCAAAACCAAUACGCUGACGCUAACGCGGCGAAUCUGUUCUCUUGCAUGGAUAAUAAUCCCAAUCAUAAGUCAUUGGAGACUGCAAACUCGGACGUUUUGGUGCACAGCUCGCUGCACUUGCCACCGUUCGAACAGCGGAACGACGCGCAAUACCCGUUGCUGCCGAACGAGCAGCGAAAGUCCGUUUAUCACCACCACGCGCAAAGACAAUCGGAAACAAAGCCCUUCGUGGUCAAUCACCCUCCAUCUCCGUCUUCCGAUCAAGUUCCGCGAAACUGGAACACGAUGAACUCGUGGUGUUCAUCGUCUAAUCAGAUGAAGAGUCCACAGCGACCAAACGAUCAACAAAUGGCCGACAAGAAGAUCUGGACUGGGAAACUAGCGAGGUCGGACCAGAACAAAUCCUGGGAAACACCGUCCGAGCCGUCUCCUUUCCGGGUGCCAAGGGGAAGACCGCCCUCGCGAACGAUAUCCAAUCAAAAUUCACCGGCGGAGUCCAACGCGUAUCCGAAUCCAUUGACCAGAACUUUUCUAAAGCCAGCCGAGCCCACGAAACCCGCCAUGUACGCAGACUCAUUGAGCGGUGGAGUCGUUCAAAAUGGCUGCAUGCCCAAUCAGCUGAAGAGCAGCUGCUCAGAGGACAAAUUGCGAGAUGGAUUCUACGACGGCAGACAAGAGAUGUCAAAUCCCAACCCAAAUUCUCUCGCGUGGGCAGAGGAGAUGAAACAAGUGCAAGACUUCCACGCGAUGUCCGGUCUGGGCCACCAUGCGUUCCCGCAAUACGGCUACCCGACCUAUCCGGUAUUUGAGAAACCUUACGCGAACUCGUGGGAGAGUUACAAUUAUGGUCAUCAUCAGUCUUAUCAGACACCGGAAUAUCCGCAGCAAUUUUAUCAGCAACCGAAACGCGAAGGUUGCUUCCAUUCGCCUCAAUAUCCGUACCAAGGUUUGAAUCCCGCCGGUUGGACCAGGUGGGACACACCGCGAUGGGACAUUUACGGCCCGCCACCGCCAUAUUUCCCGGUUCUGCCGGAGCCUCCGCCGAAAGCGGAGCCGCUCGGUGAGGUGGCGGAUUACUCCGACAACGAAGAGUGCUUCAAGGAUCCGCAAAUGGGUGGCGUCGCGAUCGCCUUGGGCCAUGGUAGCGUGCUAUUCGAGUGCGCCAAGCACGAGAUGCACGCGACCACGGCCCUGAGGAAGCCCAAUCGUCUGAAUCCAACCAGAAUCAGUCUAGUGUUCUACCAGCACCGCAAUCUAAACAGGCCCAGACACGGCUGGGACGAGUGGGAGGAGAAGAUGCGGCUGCGAAAGUUGGGCCUCACUACGUCAACCAGCGGCAACAGCAGCAGCAGCAACAGUGGUGGCAACAGUGCAUCCUCUUCGUCGACGUCCAACAACCCGUCGACUCCGACCAUCGCGACGAGCCCAGGCAGCACCACGAACGACAAGACGCCGCCGCUUCCGUCGUUACCGCACAUUCCGAAUGUCCCCAAUUCGCAGUUCAUGAUGAGAUCACCCACCUACACCACGAUGACCUGGACGACGCUUUUCCGGAUGCAUCCCUGCAUCAUAACUGGCCCGUAUCAAGAAGGCGGUGCGAUCGGAUGAGUCGAGGUCGCCAGGUACGGCUUCGAGCGCCGAUGACUACCGGAGCUAGCGACCACCAGCGGGGGACACCGUCAUCAUCAUCAUCACCAUCGUCAUCAGCACUAAGAGGAUCCCAGGCGAGAUAUGCGAGGUAUCGAAGUAGAAUCGCGCGACGUCUUUCGAGACGGAUCUUUCGACGGACGAACGUGGCGGCGUUGAACCACGAGAGGCUUUAUAUCGUUAUUAUCGUUAUAGUUAGUUACUCCGAAGGAAAAAAGAACAACAAACACACACUUUGCACUGCCAUUUUUUCUAUUUCGGGUUUUACGCAAGAUUUUGAAACAUAGCGACGAGAGAUACGUGCUCGACGAGAAGCCACGCCAGGAUACGUGAUCCAAUCACACAAACCGUCUGUCGGGGCUCGCGUUUUAUAUUGACUUUUUACUAAGCUGAACUCGCGAGAGUAGGCUCCCGCGAUCGAGCCGAGAAGGCUACGAAAAGAUCAAGACGAGAUCGCAGAUGACCGAGGCUAUCGACGUGUAACAGGCAAGAAAAGGGAAAAAGACGAAAAAGGAAGAAAGAGCGCCGAUGACCGGCUGCCCCUUGCGAAGACUUUGAUACGAUAGAUUUUCGUAUUCUGACUCUGUACACAUUAAGUAAUAUCGCAUAACGAUUUCGUGUUGGUAGAAUCGUAAUCUUAUUAGCUAGUCGAGAAGUCUAGAUGAUGAAUCACGCGACACAUCACACGUACACAUAGAGCACACAUUAAGCGUACAUGCACACUCCGAAACAUCCAAGGAACCUGCACGAUAUAUGUAUGGUCUCGGAAUUAUCGCACUUUUUCGAGAGGCGAUGCGAGAGAGAGAGAGGGGGGGGGGAAGAGGAAAGAGAGGGAGGAGGGUACAAACUGAAUAUGAACGACCGCGUUUAUUUUCGAAGACAUUGUAUAAAAAGUCGUAUGAAAAAUUUUUUAAAUUAUAUAUAUGUUAUAUAUAUACAUAUAUAUAACACACACACACACAUAUAUAU